AUGGCUGGGAAUAAAGGAAGAGGACGUGCUGCUUAUACAUUUAACAUUGAAGCUGUUGGAUUUAGCAGAGGUGAAAAGUUACCUGAUGUUGUAUUGAAACCACCCCCACUAUUUCCUGAUACAGACUACAAGCCAGUGCCACUAAAAACAGGAGAGAGUGAAGAUUAUGUGCUUGCCUUGAAACAAGAGUUAAGAGAAACUGUGAAAAGAAUGCCUUAUUUUGUAGAAACACCUGAAGAAAAACAAGAUAUUGAAAGAUACAGUAAAAGAUAUAUGAAGGUGUACAAAGAAGAGUGGAUACCAGAUUGGAGAAGACUCCCUAGAGAGUUGAUGCCAAGGAAAAAAUGCAGAAAAGCAGGCCCCAGAUCCAAAAAGGCAACGGAUACAGGCAAAGGCCCUUCACUCACAAAUCCUGCGGAUGUAUUGAAAAAAAUCGAGGAAUUGGAAAAGAAAGGUGAUGGUGAAAAAUCAGAUGAGGAAAAUGAAGAGAAAGAAGGAAGCAAAGAGAAAAGUAAAGAAGACGAUGAUGAUGAGGAAGAUGAUGCUGCUGAACAAGAGGAAUAUGAUGAAGAAGAGCAGGAAGAGGAAAAUGACUACAUUAAUUCCUACUUUGAAGAUGGAGAUGAUUUUGGUGCAGACAGUGACGACAACAUGGAUGAAGCAACCUACUAG